AGGUUCUGAGUAAAUAAUCGGAUGGAGAUGAGUUUUAAGGAUUUAUUUAGCUAAACUAGCCAAAGUAGAAAAUAGUUACUCCGCUGUGAGUGCUGAAAGCUCUCUCAGCCAAAGAAACAAACACUUUGCCUUGCAUUUUCUCUCUGUACAAACCCCUCAAAACAUGGCUCCUAACACGAAAACCCAUCUGGGUCUGACCCAUUUCCUCCUCUUCUUCCUUUCCAUCCUCACGAUCCCUUCGCUUUUGCUCUCUGACUCCAUCCCAACAGUCUACGAAAUCCUCCCACAAUUCGGGCUCCCGAGCGGGCUCUUACCCGACUCGGUCGUCAACUACACCUCCUCCGAUGACGGCCGGUUCGUCGUCUUCUUGGCCAAUCCCUGCUACGUGCAGUUCGAGUACUUGGUCUAUUACGACAAGACCAUCACCGGCAAGCUCAGCAACGGGUCCAUCACCGGCCUCAAGGGCAUUCAGGUCCAGAGGUUCUUCCUGUGGCUUGACGUGGACGAGAUCCGGGUCGAUUUGCCCCCCUCCGAUAGUAUAUACUUUCAGGUUGGGCUCAUCAACAAGAAGCUCGAUCUGGGUCAGUUCAAGACCGUCCAUUCUUGCCGCGACAAGGUCACUGGGACUUGCGCCAAACGGAUUUUUGAGAUUACUCGAGAGUGUGGUUUCUUUGAAUUGGUUAAUCAUAAACUGUGUGAACAUGAUAAAAGGGUGGCAGAUCAUUUGCGUAAAUGGCACGAAAGUUUGAUGGCAGAAGCAAGACAAUGUGAAACCAUUGUUGAAGUUGAAGUUGGGAAGGUGAAGGUAGAAAUGGAGAAAGAAGUUGACAAGGUGAAGGCAGAAGCAAGACGAUGUGAAACCAUCGUUGAAGUUGAAGUUGGGAAGGUGAAGGUAGAAAUGGGGAAAAAAGCUGACAAGGUGAAGGAAAAAAUGGAGAAACAAGUUGGGAAGACGAAGGCAGAAAUGGACAAUGAAAUUGCCCAGUAUCGUAAGGAAAUCGAGAAUGGGGAGAUCAAAUUCCAAGUAAUGAAUAUGAAUUACUUGACAAUGCUUGUGGGUUCAUGGAUUUUAUUUGCAUUCUACGUUUUCUUUUUUAGAUACACUUCCAAAAACCAGCACGGCCGUAGAAUUGGUCGUAUGAUGUUGUCUUGAAUUGUGCGUGGUGGUGGAUCAGUACAACCUUUUUGUCUUGUGUUUUUUUUUGGUCUUUUUUUGUAUGCAAUCACCCAUUGUACAUAUUUGGUGGUUGUAAUGAAGUUGGUGAUUUGUAAGCAAACACUUGUAUCUCUUAGGUUGUUUUAUUAGAAAAUGUUGGUUUUUAGAUACAAUGUGUAUUUGUAUUUGCUUUGUUUUGAAAUCGGCAAUCAAAA